CUCUGGCUUUAGGCCAAAAAAGAGAGUUCUCUCAUUCUCACAAGUCAUUUAACAACUGUAGCUCUCGAAGUAGAACUCAAAAAACUUCUAGAUCAUUCUUUUCCCGCGAAUAUUCAAGUCUCAUCGAUCGAUCAUGAUCUCCGUAGUAAUCAUUGUUGAGCUACUGGUGGAGUACACGACGUCUCUCGCUAAACUCAUCACCGCUGGGAUUCUUCCGAGGCGGCAAGGCGACGGAAACUUCGUAAGGAUUGGCAAUUUCUCUGUGUAUUGUCCCCCUAGGUCCUCGCCGGUUCCAGAUUUCUCUUCGCAUCUUGUCGAUUUCUGAUAACAGCUGAGAUUUCUUUUUCCCCUUUUGGAUACUGAGCACAGGCUAGAGAUUUGUAAACAUGUAUCGUAUCGAAUUAUAUAAUACUAGAAAUUAUGAUUAUGACAGCCUUUUUCUUAAGUUAUGUUAACUGAUCAUAUGUUCUGUUGUGUCCAAUUGGUAAUUGUCUCGACCAAUGAUGAUUUCCUAGAAUUGACCUCCUUUAA